CAUGUGACCGGGGAGAUCUCACACAGCCCCCCCUAGAUACUGGACACUAUUCAUUGAACUCCCUAUACCCCUCACUGGCUUUCUCAACCUAUUUGUCCCAUUCUUAGAUGGUUUGACCCCCGCGGCCCUCACGAUCACGAAAGUUCCUCGAUUCCCCACACUCUGGCCCGACGUUGACCUCGAGGAUCAUCCAACGGCACUCUUCUCGCUCCUGUCCGCAACCGUGCCUGUUCGUGCUUUACGAGUGUGAUGACCCCCUGUCGAGUCGAGGUCUCAAUCGCGCCAUACCAGGAGUCAAGAUUUUGAGGAAGGGAAACAUACGUGGUCUUGGAGGGGACCUGCUCUGUCGUCAAAGUGGAAGGACGGCACUCGGUUUCUGUGGCCUGUUCUAGUGGGAGCAUCCCUAUCCCGCCACAAUGAUGUCCAGAAGCCAGUCGAGUUUGGGUUAUCUGGACGCAGGGAGGGAGGAUCCCUCUGCGUCGGGGGCUCAACCGGGACUUCAACCGCCGGCCUCGAACUCAGGGCCCAUCAACCUGUCGGGUCUGGUAUGCAAUGUGCGCAGAACAACCGGAAGAGAGCCGCAUCCGUUGGUCGGGGCCACUACGACUAUCCUAGGUGAUAAGCUUUACGUGUUCGGCGGUCGUGUCUUAUCCAAAAGUCGCCCACAGUUGACGUCGGACAUAUACGAGCUGGACUUGAUCCGGCGUCACUGGACGAAAAUCGAAGCCACGGGCGAUGUCCCUCGCCCGCGCUAUUUCCACAGCGUUUGCGCUCUGGGCGAUCACAAACUGGUGUGCUACGGCGGCAUGUCGCCUGCACUGAAUGUGGUGAAGGAUCCCACAACUAACGGCUCGGGUGGACAGGAGGCACAGCCGGAGGUUGUGGUCAUGUCUGAUAUUCAUAUAUUCGAUGUCCCAUCUCGGACGUGGACCCGCGUGCCCGCAAUCGACUCACCCCAGGGACGUUAUGCACACUGCGCAACCAUUCUGCCCUCAAGCGCCCAUUUCACCUCCGCUACUGCGCCGCUGUCCGCAAUUCAUCAUAACCCAGCUUCGUCGAAUCCGCACCAGGGCUCGAUCGGCGUCGAUAUUGAUGGGUUCGGAGGCGCAGAAAUGGUGGUGGUAGGAGGACAGGAUAGCUCGAAUCAUUAUAUCGAACAGAUCAGUGUGUUCAACCUACGCAGCCUGAAGUGGACCAGCACGAGCCAUCUGGGGCGAAGCUGUGGUGCCUAUCGGAGCGUGGUUGCUCCCUUGGUCGGCAUGAAUGUUUCCGACAUUGGGUCCGCCGCAGACAGUCAGGACGUACAGGAACCGGCUGAAGGAUCGCAAGUCGAGGGGUGUCCGAUGCUGGUAUAUUCCAACUACAAUUUCCUGGAUGUGAAGCUGGAGCUUCAGGUGCGCCUCCCGGAUGGCCGCCUGAUCGAGAAACCCAUGCAGAGCCAGGCGUCGCCUCCUGGCUUGAGGUUUCCCAACGGAGGGGUCAUCAACGGGCAUUUCGUCGUGAGCGGGACAUAUCUGACGUCCUCAAAGCAAGAAUAUGCGCUGUGGGCCCUCGACCUCCGCACUCUCACCUGGGGGAGGAUCGAUGCCGGCGGGUCAGUCUUCGGUCAUGGAAGCUGGAACCGUGGUAUACUCUGGUCAAGAAGAAACACUUUUGUCAUUCUGGGUCACCGAAAACGCAGCCUCGUCGAGGACUACAAUCACCGUCGGAUCAACUUCUCCCACGUCUGUAUGGUCGAGCUGGAGGCGUUUGGGCUCUACAACAAUGCAUGCCGGACCACGCCCACCUCGGGAUACAUCUCUUACAGUGCACCUUCAGUUCCGGCGUCCAUGCAGGCCAAACUGACCAAAUUGACCUCUGGCGGAAGGCCGUUUUCCUCCGCGUCCGAUGAACUGGGAAACCUCGCCCAGUCUCUGCCUGAAAUGGCCGAUAUGGAACUCCAGGCCGUUGGGGGAGAGCGGAUCCCCGUGAACUCGCGCAUUCUAACGCGCAGAUGGGGUCCCUACUUCAUCCAGCUUCUGCGCGAGUCCUGCGAUGGCGGAAUAGGCGAGACGGCCGCGCUCCGUCCAGCAGUCGCCAUGUACCCAAGUCGCAACUCGAGCAUUACUAUCACCCCGUCCAUCGGGCAGAAUAGCAACUACUCCAACACCUCUACUCUCGUCAGCAAUCACUCAAUCACCUCCAAGUCCUUGUUAGCGAACCUUGAGAUACCCUCAGCGCAUAGCCUUUCCCCUACCUCUCGUCCCCGCGUGCUUUAUCUCCCCCACACCUUUCUCACUCUCCAAGUUCUCGUCUAUUACUUCUAUACGUCCUCCCUACCACCCGCGGGCUCUCCUCUCUGCACUCCGCAGAUUCUCUGCUCCCUUCUCCAACUCGCUCGCCCAUAUCAGGUCGACGGCCUCCUGGAAGCCACCGUCGAACGCCUCCAUCAAGUUCUGGAUGGAAGAAACGCCGCUGCCGUGUUCAAUGCCGCCGCCAUGGCCGCCGGCGGUGGGCGAGGCACUGGCUUCACCAGUGGUCCCGGAGGCACUCUGGAAGCACUGAACGGCGCGCACGCCAGCCACGAAUCCUCGUCCGGCACCGGAACCACCACCUCCCAAAGUCACCUUACCUCCGACUCGUCUGAUACGGAACACGGUACCUCUGCUCUUUCCGUCGCCAGCAGUGCCAGCGGCGUUAUGGGCUCUCGCGGGAUCCCCCUCCGCAUCAACACCAACAUCUUCAGCCGCCGGCAGCGCAGCACCGCCGGCCUUGACCGAGAACGAGAGCGCGACCGCGACCGCGAAGACGCGAUGAGCAACGCCAGUACCUCCACCUCCGCUUCCACCGACACUAGCUUCGACCACUCCGACACCGAAAUGGGUGGCGAUCCGACCCGACCGUCCCAUCACCGCCGUAACACCGAUGCGGAACUACGUCCCGAGCGCGAGAUCUGGACUGGCGACCUCAGCAGCGUCAUCGGGUUACAGAAGCGCGGCCUUCGCGGUCUCAUGGAAGGUCGACGGUUGCGUGAACGCAAUGCCAAACCGGCAAUCGGUCCUGAUCAUGGUGCUCCGGCACCUGGUGCGUAAGCUGAAUUCGGCUCGCUUGCUCAAUUCUCUUCCGUUCCCCCGUGUCCGCAGAGCGGUACCUCGUGACUAGGAUUAGCUCUUCUUGAGCGUACUUCGAGUUGCUGACUGACUCUAAUAUGGGGAGGUUGGCUGGGCGUGACAAACUUUCAUCAGUCGGUUGGCCAACCUUGCGGGCACAGCGUGUCGAAAACCCGACAAAGCGACGUAGAUGGGAAUUUCCGGUAAUCAGUUGUAAUCCAACGAU